AUGGGUUCCUCCAAAGUCCCCACUCCCCUGGUCAACGAUUGCGACAUAGCCAGCAGUGAAGCCAAACCUGCCCAACCUUCAGAUGACAUGUUGCUCAGCAUUGGACAGCAAUUUGAUGACAUGCCUAUGGAUUUCGACUUCGGCCCAACUGCUCAAGAAUUUGGAGCCUUGCAAGACUACUCCACUAUCGAAGGUGUAUCGACUGGAUAUGACUACAGCAGCAGCGACUUCAUCAUCAACAGCAACAACAUAAUCGGCAAUGACAUGGCCCAUGGCAACCACUUCGAUGGUAACUUCGAGGAAGUUGUCAACGCAAAAACGCCUGGAUACUACAACAUUGAUGCUGAGACUGCAGGAAACCUCUCAUCUGUCAUCCACAACCCAUCUCCAGCCCUCAGUGCCCACGACCACCAAUCCUACGGCGCUCACACUCCUUUACAACCUGCUUUCGAAACUUAUGAUGCCAAGACCCCUUACGUCGCUCCUACUCCGUACACUUCCCCAUAUCACACAUCCCCUGGCUACGCAGGCGGCGAGAUUCCUGAUCUCGACCUGGAGGACAAUGGUACUCAGCCAUCUGAGGACUUUGACCCUGGCCCGAGCCCUAUGGAAGAAACGUUCCCCACUUCGAGACCUUCCACUCCUCCACCAACAUCAGGUCCUACCAAGAAGACACCCACUCGUAAGGCCAAGAGCAAGGCAAAGGCAGCCAUCGCCGGUAAGGAAGAUGAAGACACUGAUGAAGGACGCUCGAUAAUAUCCACUCGUGCCAAGGGUAAGGGCAAGGCGAAGCAGCCAGUCAUACUCGAUGACGAAGAAGAGCUGGACGACAACGAUGCAGAGACUCCUCAUACAUACUCUUCAACCAAGAGCAAGGGCCGCAAGAAAGCAGCUGCCCCCAAAACCCCCAAGACUCCCACCAGCACACCUUUUAGGAAGUCCAAGGCAGGCACCGCUACCAGAAAAUCGACCAAGAAGACUCCAACUGUUGAUAUGAGCACUAUGGGUCAUCAGCGCAUUCGCAAGGCACCCAAGGACGGUAUUGCCCAAAUCAAGCCCAUCCCUCAUUCUUUCGAAGAAUGCGACGAAGCCGACCAAACCUUGAUCACCAUGCGUGAUGCUGGUCACACCUGGAACGAAUGCAAAGCCCGCUACGCCGAACUCGAAGGCGUCACUCACGGCAACAGCACCAUCCCCAACCGCUACGAACGCCUCAAAACCGCCUUCAUCAACAUGCGCGAAGAAGACAACCUGCGCCUCUUCAACAUAAAAAAGAAACUUGAAGAUGACUUUAACAGCAAGAAAUGGGCUUUGAUUGCUGCCGAAAUCAUCAAGGAUGGUGGUGCAAAGUAUGAUCCUGAUGACUUGAGACGUCGCUUCAAGCAGUUGAUGGAGAAGAGUGGGUUUCCUGUUGAAGAAGGGUUGGCUAAAGAAGAUGUUGAUUUCAAAAUUGAUGGUGAUGAUGAGGGUGAGGAAGGGGAGUUUGGAUCUCCUGUGCCUAUGCGCAGACAACCAGAGAUCACUUGGACAGGCGAUGGAGAUGAGGAAGAAGAUGCUUUGGGAGGAGGUGAACAGGAAGAUUAUGAGGGUUCUUCAUACCUUCAACACCACCGUCGGGAUUCGCGCGAGUCUACUCACAUGGAUGUUGAUGAUGAGAACGAUGAGGGUGGAGAUGAUCUUGCCUACUAG